AUGGCGGCUUCAUUUGACUUCUCGGGGCAGACCGUCUUGGUCACAGGUGCGGCAAGUGGAAUUGGUCUGACGACUGCAAAAGUAUUAGCUGCCAGUAAUGCCCGCAUCGCGCUCUGCGAUAUGAAUACGAAAGGGCUGCAGUCUUUUGAUCUUGCGGAGGGUAGACACCUUGUAUAUGAGCUAGAUGUGACGUCUUCGUCCGCUGUAGCCGAUACCGUCAAAUCCGUCGUCCGUGACUUCGGGGGCAUCCACCAUCUAUUCAACUGCGCCGGCGUGAACCCCACGGCAAACCCAUUGACCGACACAACAGACGAAUACUGGGACCAAAUCGUCGAUACGAACGUCAAAGGCACCUACCUCAUGACCCGAGCCGUCAUUCCUCAUCUAGAAGCUGGAGCGUCGAUCGUCAACGUUUCGUCCAUUGCCGGGAGCCGUGCUACGGCAGGCUGGGCGAUCUACAACACCUCCAAAUUCGGGAUUGUCGGCUUUUCCAAAUCCAUGGCACUGGAGUUGGGUCCGAGGCAGAUUCGUGUCAAUGUCGUGGCCCCGGGGCACAUUCAUACCCCCACAAAUAUCGCGGUGAAGCAGGGGGCUGAUGCGGUCCGGAUUACGGGCGAGCAGUCCAGUGCGAUGGGACGAAUCGGGACUAUGGAGGAAGUAGCCAGUGUGGUACUGUUUUUGAUGAGUGACGCAGCGAGAUAUGUCAAUGGGAGUGUAGUAGAUGUUGAUGGCGGAGCGAAGUAA